AUGGCGCACGUGACGGCGGUGGGCAGCUGCAGAACAUACCGCGCGUGCUGCCCGACGCAGUGCGCGCGCACCUCAACGCGCACUGGCGGCACGAGCACCCGGUGCGUACGUACUGUAGCGAGCGUGACACAUGGCGCACGUGACGGCGAUGGGCAGCUGCACAACAUACCGCGCGUGCUGCCCGACGCAGUGCGCGCGCACCUCAACGCGCACUGGCGGCACGAGCACCCGUGCGUACGUACUGUAGCGAGCGUGACACAUGGCGCACGUGACGGCGGUGGGCAGCUGCACGACAUACCGCGCGUGCUGCCCGACGCUGUGCGCGCGCUCCUCAACGCGCACUGGCGGCACGUGCACCCGGUGUUCGCCUGGAUUGCGGAUACUGGUGCAGUGGAGGACGAAGAAAUGCUGCGCACUUUCAACUGCGGUCUAGGUAUGGUGCUCAUUGUGGCGCCUGAAAACCAAGCCGACGUGAUGAACAGCUUGCGCGGGUUCGGCGCUAUGGUGGUGGGGUCGCUGCAGGCGCGGCGCGCGGGCGGUGAGCGCGUGCUCGUGGACAACUUCGCCUCCGCGCUCGACUUCACGCGCCGCGUGCCGCUGCUGCCCAACAAGCGGGUGGCGGUGCUGGUGUCAGGCAACGGUAGCAACCUGCAGGCGCUGGUGGAGGCGGCGCGCGAGCCCGCGCUGUGCACGUGCGCCGACAUCGCGCUCGUCAUCAGCAACCGCGCCGACGCGUACGCGCUCAAGCGCGCCGCCGCCGCCGGGAUACCCUCGCUGGUGUUCAACCACAAAGAAUACUCGUCGCGGGAAGAGUUCGACCGCGCCAUCUCUGAAGCCCUGGAGAAACACAAAAUAGACAUUGUAUGCCUCGCCGGCUUCUUGAGGAUCUUAUCUGCUGAGUUUGUGGAUAAGUGGAGGGGGCGGCUGGUGAACAUCCACCCGUCGCUGCUGCCGCGGCACCCCGGCCUGCACGCGCAGCGCCAGUGCCUCGCGGCCGGCGACACCGAGUCCGGCUGCACUGUGCACUUCGUCGACCAUGGUGUGGACACGGGCCCCAUAAUUACCCAGGAGCGCGUGCCCGUGCUGAAGGACGACACGGAGGAAAGUCUAAGCGAACGUAUCCACCAAGCGGAACACCGCGCGUACCCACGAGCGUUGCGCCUGCUCGCGACCGGCCGGGUCAGACUCGCGGCCGACGGACAACUGAUAUGGCACUCCUAG